AAGAGGGAGUGUGCUCAGCUUUACCUUGUUCCAGUUCAGCAGGAACUGUGUAUCCCCACAUCUCUCCCACCUGCACAGAAAGUACCUACCCCAGAUACCCAGGAACCCACUGUACCUACUGCACUGGGAGGAACUGUGUAUCUCCACCCCUCUCCCACCUGCACAGAAAGUACCUACCCCUGAUACCCAGGAACUCACUGUACCUACUGCACUGGGAGGAACUGUGUAUCCCCACCCCUCUCCUACCUGCACAGUAAGUACCUACCCCUGAUACCCAGGAACCCACUGUACCUACUACACUGGGAAGAACUGUAUAUCCCCACCCCUCUCCUACCUGCACAGUAAGUACCUACCCCUGAUACCCAGGAACCCACUGUACCUACUGCACUGGGAGGAACUGUGUAUCUCCACCCCUCUCCCACCUGCACAGAAAGUACCUACCCCUGAUACCCAGGGAACCCACUGUACCUACUGCACUGGGAGGAACUGUGUAUCCCCACCCCUCUCCCACCUGCACAGAAAGUACCUACCCCAGAUACCCAGGAACCCACUGUACCUACUGCACUGGGAGGAACUGUGUAUCUCCACCCCUCUCCCACCUGCACAGUAAGUACCUACCCCUGAUACCCAGGAACCCACUGUACCUACUACACUGGGAAGAACUGUAUAUCCCCACCCCUCUCCUACCUGCACAGUAAGUACCUACCCCUGAUACCCAGGAACCCACUGUACCUACUGCACUGGGAGGAACUGUGUAUCUCCACCCCUCUCCCACCUGCACAGAAAGUACCUACCCCUGAUACCCAGGGAACCCACUGUACCUACUGCACUGGGAGGAACUGUGUAUCCCCACCCCUCUCCCACCUGCACAGAAAGUACCUACCCCAGAUACCCAGGAACCCACUGUACCUACUGCACUGGGAGGAACUGUGUAUCUCCACCCCUCUCCCACCUGCACAGUAAGUACCUACCCCUGAUACCCAGGAACCCACUGUACCUACUACACUGGGAAGAACUGUAUAUCCCCACCCCUCUCCUACCUGCACAGUAAGUACCUACCCCUGAUACCCAGGAACCCACUGUACCUACUGCACUGGGAGGAAGUGACUGUGUAUCCACACUUUAGACAAGGCUACAUGAAAACACAAAUUCCCGUACCUAUUUAUGAUUGAUGUUACCGUAGAGUGUUGUUGAAUACAGUUUAUUUUAUCUUUUUGGGGGGGAGGGGGAGCAUUAAUCUUGUAACAAGUCGAAAUCACUAGAUAAAUAAUGAGAACCAUAUAUUUCUUUAAAUGAAUGUCUCUUUAGGGUAUAUUCUCAGAAUCUUUGGAGAUGAUAGGGAAACCAUUACCCUAAGGGUGAGGUCACGUGUGGCGUUUUUUUUAGAAACAUACAUCUGAGCGUAAAUAUGCACAAAAUGAAGCCCUAUUGAAAAUAAUAGAAUGCACACAUCUACGGGCCGCUUGUGAGUCAACAUCCGCCAUGCAAAGCCAGUAGUUGAGUUUUUUUAGCAGAAAUGUGAAUUCUCCAAGGCAACGCCAUAUUAUUGAAAUCUAUGGGAUCUGCAGGUUUGGAAACACACCUCUGAAAUACGCCAUGUAUUUUGAAUAUGGUGGCCAAACUCUCGCGAGAUGGAUUACGUAUUUACGGCGUUGCAUGCUGGUGACAUCAUUACGUUGCGUAUUGACGAUCAGUACGGUUACAUUUUGCAUGUAAAUUGCUUUUCUGCUCUGCUUUUUUUUCACAAACGUUUACUAAAACUCUGAGUGGAAUUGUGGUGAAGGAGAAAAAACAAAUGCAUGUUGGGAAAAGAAAACUACAGGUUGAAAAACGCACAUUAUUUGGUGGUUUCAUUGGCGUAUUUACGUUUCACCACCCAUUUUUAAAAAAAGCCAUGUGUGACCUUGCCCUAAAAGGCUCGGCCUAGGGGCCUGCUCCAUCCCUAUGCUGCUGUUCUGGACUAAUCCAUGCUGGGAAGAAGGGGAAGGAGAGAAAAUGCAAGGAUUCUCUAUAUUUAGCACCAUAUUCUCUUCCUUAUUUGCAGUUCUGUGGCCCACCUUAUAACCAGUUUGGUGCUCUGUAUUGCACAAUAGGCAGCCUCACUGCUGGCUGGAAAUGGCAUUGUUCAUGGGCUCAGCCCAACACUAGGGGGCUCACUGAUACCUUCAAAGUCAACGCCACCCCUUGGUUAAGAGACAAACCGCCCCUUCCUGCUGUCUUAGGGAUCGUCUCCAAAUCUCCUGCCUUCAACUCACAGGGAGCUGAUGUGCACAAACCCACCCCUAAGAUGUAGAACAAGGAGGCAGCGCUGACGUUUUCUACACAGACUGGGAGUUUUCAGCUGCUCCCUAUGUGACUGGGCUUAGAGCUGCUCUCAUUGGCUGCUUGAUUCCCUGCAGCUAUGUAUGGGCCUCUGGAUGAUUGACAUGUGGCCACCUUCUGUGUUCCAGGAAGCUGUUUGUUAUAGGAACCCAGCACUGACAGCAGACAUCUGCAAUGCAGGUAAUUCGACACUCUGCAGACACAUUACGUGAUGCCCUGAUAUCCGGAAGCCCAGUGCUGCAGGCCCAGUAUGAGAAAUAUGGACCAGGAGAGAAGAGGCUGCUUAGCGAGGCCUUCCAACCGAACAGCACCAUAUUCCGGCCAGUUGUUGUCCAUUCUCCAUCAGACUGGAUCCCGUCUCACCCAGAACUAGCGGAAACCUUCCAGGAAUUCUAUGAAAAGAGCUACAGGUGCAUCCCCAGGGCCCAGAAAAAGACCAUCUAUGUUCAGACAAUAGGUCCCUUUGGAGAGUCCAGCUCUGGCACCCAGGCUUAUAUCCACUGGCUGAAGGAAUACUGCCAGGCCUUCUUCUUUGGGCUCCCAGUUCAGAUCCAGGGUCCUGUCCUGAUAUCGGCCACUGGCUGCGCAUUUCGCGUUAAUGAACAUUCUCAGAAUCUCCAAAUCCAUGCAGGGGAUGUCCUUCGGUACCUGAAGAGAGUGAAGCCGGCAGAUGCCCUGUGCAUUGUGGGUGCUACGAUGAUUGACCUGUACCCCAGGAACUCCUGGAAUUUUGUAUUUGGAACAGCGUCUUUGACAGAAGGGCUGGGGAUCUUCAGCUUUGCAAGAUAUGAUGAUAACUUCUACAGCCCUGACUACAGGGGGCGCCUGAAGAUUAGUCAGUUGUUGGCUCCAUUGGAUUAUUCAGUGUUUGACUGUUAUUAUACGCCACCAAUAACCAGCACCCUGCUCCUCAGGUCCUGCAAGACUCUGACUCACGAGAUUGGGCACAUGUUCAGCCUGCUUCACUGCCAGUGGCUCGGGUGUGUGAUGCAAGGAUCCAAUCAUCUGGAGGAGGCGGACAGGAGACCCCUGCACCUCUGUGCUAUAUGUCUCCGCAAGCUGCAGAACGCCCUUGGAUUUAGUAUAGCUGAACGAUACAAGGCCUUGCUGCAGUGGAUUGAAGCGGGCGAAGAUGAUGCGGAACGUGGGGGCGCCUGCAGCCAAACCCAAUUACAUUUCCCCAAACCUGUGGAGGCAUUUCAGGAUCACAGGAAGUGGAUACGGAAGUGCCUGAGUAUUCUGGGUGAAUGAAUGAUCUGGAAAUACCCAUAUCCAAUCAGGGAGAAAAGCUUUCUGUGUGUUUAUUCUGCUUGAGACUCCUGAACCAAUUGAUACUUGCAACACUCAUGCACGUAAUUGCACCAGCGGA